AUGGGUCGCUGGCAGAGCGAAGACCUGACCGACACUCGCGCCGCGCUGGAACAAGUCGGCGCAGACCUCGAACUGCUUGAUUCCAAGCAUGACGAGGAUGAGAUCAUCGCGAAUGUUCGGGAUGCGGACGGCAUCAUAACUUCCGAAUCACCGAUGACACGCCGAGUGUUGGAGUCGCUGACGCAGUGCAAGGUCGUGCUGCGAACCGGCGUCGGCUACGAUGUCAUCGACGUCGAAGCGGCAACCGAGCAAGGCAUUGCUGUCAUCAACAUCCCCGACCUGUGGACGCGCGAGGUAGCAAAUCAGGCGAUGUCUCUGCUUUUGGCGCUGAAUCGCCGUGUGGUGAAUCUGCACAGCGACAUUCGCUCCAGCACAUGGACACCGCGUCCUCCGUAUGAUGUCGGUUCGCUGCAUGGCGAGACGAUCGGCAUCCUUGGUCUCGGACGCAUUGGAAGCGCAAUGGCGCAGCGUGCCAAGGGCUUUGAGUUGAAUGUCAUCGCAUACGACCCGUACAUCUCAGACGAGGUAUUCGCCGAGCGAGGCGUGACGCGUGUUUCGUUCGACGAAAUGAUGUCCCAAUCGGACUAUAUCUCGCUGCAUACGCCACUCACAGACGAGACACGCCACAUCAUCAAUGAGAACGCGCUGCGCCUGAUGAAGCCCAACGCAUAUCUCAUAAACACAUCGCGCGGUCCCGUCGUGGAAGAAGCCGCUCUGAUUAAAGCCCUGCAAGAGGGCUGGCUUGCGGGAGCAGGCCUAGAUGUGCUCGAGAAAGAGCCGCCAGCCAGUGACAACCCACUGCUCUCGAUGGAUAAUGUAGUGCUCUCGCCGCACUCAGGGCACACAUCCGUCCUGUCGCUGCAGCUCCGCACCGGACGCUACGGCGAGGAAGUGGCAGCAGUACUCGACGGCAGGAUGCCGCGCAACUUAGUCAACCCACAAGUACGCGAGCAUCUGCAUCUGGUGUAG